AUGCGGCGCCUGCUGUGGAGGCGCUCAGUGCGGGGCUGUUGCGCCUCCAGCUCCUCUGCCCGCCGCCCGCUGCCGGAGGACGCCCCGGGGCAGACCCCGGGCAAGGACCAGCGGCGCAUGAACCCCCUCAACAUCCAGAUGCUGUCCAGGAGCCUCCACGAGCAGAUCUUCCGCGGGGCCCGUGUGCACCACUCCUCCGCGGACAUCCAGAGGAGCGUGGAGCACCUGCAGCGCCACGACCUGUGGGGCAAGGAGACCUCCACGCUGCCCGACGUGGACCUGCGGCUGCCCCGCAUGUACGGCGACAACAUCGACGAGCACUUCCGCCUCCUGGCGCAGAAGCAGAGCUUGCCCUACCUGGAGGCGGCCAACGAGCUGCUGCGGUGCGAGCUGCCCCCUGUGCCCGAGCGGUGGGCAUGGCAGCUCGGCUGGACCCGCUACGGCCCUGGGGGGCAGGAGGAAGCUGUGGAGUUCCCCGAGGAGCGGGCGGUGGUGUUGGACGUGGAGGUGUGCGUGGCUGAUGGACACUGCCCGACGCUGGCCGUGGCGGUCUCACCGCACGCAUGGUACUCGUGGUGCAGCCGGCGGCUGCUGGAGCAGCGCUACUCCUGGUCCAGCCACCUCACCCUGCCCGACCUCAUUCCCCUGGAGAGCCCGGCAGGCGCUGGCUGUGCUGGCAGGCGGGACUGGCCGGAGAGAGUGGUGGUGGGGCACAACGUGGCCUUUGACCGGGCGUUCAUCAAGGAGCAGUACCUCAUCCAGGGCUCCCGGGUGCGCUUCCUGGACACCAUGAGCAUGCACAUGGCCAUCUCGGGGCUGACGGGCUUCCAGCGCAGCCUCUGGAUGGCCGCCAAGCACGGCAAGAGGAAGGGGCUGCAGCAGGUCAAGCAGCACAUCAAGAAAACACGCAGCAAAAUGGAAGGGCCGGCUAUCACGUCGUGGGAGUGGGUGCACGUCAGCAGCAUCAACAACCUGGCAGAUGUGCACGCACUCUAUGUCGGUGGGGAGCCGCUGGAGAAGGAGGCGCGGGAGGUCUUUGUGAAGGGGACCAUGGCCGACAUCAGGAAUCACUUCCAGGAGCUGAUGUCCUACUGUGCCCGUGAUGUCCAGGUCACCCAUGAGGUGUUCCAGGAGCAGCUGCCGCUCUUCAUGGAGAGGUGCCCCCACCCUGUGACAUUUGCAGGGAUGCUGGAGAUGGGGGUGUCCUACCUGCCGGUCAAUGGGAACUGGAAGAGGUACCUGGAUGAUGCUCAGGGCAUCUAUGAGGAGCUGCAGAAGGAGAUGAAGAAGUCCUUGAUGAACCUGGCCAAUGAUGCCUGCCAGCUGCUGCAUGAGGACAGGUACAAGGAUGACCCCUGGCUCUGGGAUCUCGAGUGGGACACGCAGGAGUUUAAGCAGAAGAAGAAUCCGGUGAAGAAGAAGAAGAAGAAGGAUCAGGAUCAGGAUAACAACAGCAAAACCUCCCUGGCAGCGAUGGGUGCAGAGGGGUCCAUGCAGGACUGGCAGGAGGACCCUGGUCCCCCUGGCGAGGAUGAGGAGCUGAAGGCUGCGAGCCAGGUGUGCCUGCAGCGCCUCAAGGAGACGGUCACACUGCAACCCAAGAGGCUGCAGCACCUGCCGGGACACCCGGGCUGGUACCGCAAGCUGUGCCUGCGCCUGGGGGAGCCGGGCUGGGUGCCGGGCCCCAGCCUCAUCAGCCUGCAGAUGAGGGUGACGCCGAAGCUGAUGCGCCUGGUCUGGGAUGGGUUCCCCCUCCAUUACUCGGACAAGCACGGAUGGGGCUACCUGGUGCCAGGGCGGCAGGACAACCUGCCAGCAGCCCCCUCGGAAGAGGAGGGUCCGUCCUGCCCGCACAGGGUGAUUGAGAGCCUGUACAGGCAGCACUGCCUGGAGAAAGGCAAGGAGCAGCCGCAGGGGCUGCAGGCUGCUAUGGAGGAUGAGCUGCUGGUGAUGGAUGACAGCACGAUAUGGCAGAAGGCAGAGGAGCUGAGCCAGCUGGAGGUGGACGUGGAGGAGAAAACGGGUAGAGCAGACCAGAGCCUGGGGGAGGAGGAGGUGCCUGAGCCGGCGCAGCCGAGGAGCCAGCCCUCGUACCACCACGGCAAUGGUCCCUACAACGACGUCAACAUCCCCGGCUGCUGGUUCUUCAAGCUGCCUCACAAGGACGGGAAUGAGAACAACGUGGGCAGCCCUUUUGCCAAGGACUUCCUGCCGCAGAUGGAGGACGGCACCCUGCGGGCUGCUGUGGGCCGCACGCACGGGACCAGGGCCCUGGAGAUCAACAAAAUGAUCUCGUUCUGGAGGAACGCUCACAAGCGGAUCAGUUCGCAGAUGGUGGUGUGGCUGAAGAAGGGGGAUCUGCCUCGCGUGGUGACCAGGCAUCCUGACUAUAAUGAAGAGGAUGAUUACGGAGCCAUCCUGCCGCAGGUGGUGACCGCAGGGACCAUCACCCGCCGGGCGGUGGAGCCCACGUGGCUGACGGCCAGCAACGCUCGGGCCGACCGGGUGGGCAGCGAGCUCAAAGCCAUGGUCCAGGUGCCUCCUGGCUACUCCCUGGUGGGCGCAGACGUGGACUCGCAGGAGCUGUGGAUCGCUGCUGUGCUGGGGGAAGCGCACUUCGCGGGCAUGCACGGCUGCACGGCCUUCGGGUGGAUGACUCUGCAGGGCAAGAAGAGCAACGGCACGGACCUGCACAGCAAAACUGCCGCCACGGUGGGCAUCAGCCGGGAGCACGCCAAGGUCUUCAACUACGGGCGCAUCUAUGGGGCCGGGCAGCCCUUUGCCGAGCGGCUGCUGAUGCAGUUCAACCAUCGGCUCACGCAGCAGCAGGCGCGGGAGAAGGCUCAGCAGAUGUAUGCGGUCACCAAGGGUGUCCGGAGGUUUCACCUCUCUGAGGAUGGGGAGUGGCUGGUGAAUAAGCUGGAGCUGGCUGUGGACAGGGCAGAGGAUGGAUCGGUGUCGGCACAGGAUGUCCAGCGCAUCCAGAAGGAAGCCACAAAGGGGUCCCGGAGGAAGAAGUGGAACGUGGUGGAGCAGCGAGUGUGGGCUGGAGGCACGGAGUCGGAGAUGUUCAACAAGCUGGAGAGCAUCGCCCUGUCCCCUUCCCCACAGACCCCGGUGCUGGGCUGUCACAUCAGCAGGGCUCUGGAGCCUGCCGUGGCCAAGGGGGAGUUUCUGACCAGCAGAGUGAACUGGGUGGUGCAGAGCUCUGCUGUUGACUACCUGCACCUCAUGCUGGUCGCCAUGAAGUGGCUCUUUGAGGAGUUCGACAUCAACGGGCGCUUCUGCAUCAGCAUCCACGACGAGGUGCGCUACCUGGUGCAGGAGCAGGAUCGGUACCGGGCAGCCCUGGCCCUGCAGAUCACCAACCUGCUCACGAGGUGCAUGUUUGCCUACAAACUGGGCCUGCAGGACCUGCCCCAGUCAGUGGCUUUUUUCAGCACAGUGGACAUUGACCAGUGCUUAAGGAAGGAGGUGACCAUGAGCUGCACGACGCCAUCGAAUCCAACCGGGAUGGAGAAGAAAUACGGCAUCCCGCAAGGAGAAGCUCUGGAUAUCUAUCAGCUAAUUGAAAUAACCAAAGGUUCGCUGGAGAAGAAGUGAUGACGCCAGAGAGCCACAAUGAUAAGUGUCCAGCCUGCGUGCCAGAGCCCCACUGGCCUUCAGGAGGAGAUCUUUGGCAGGGACUGAUCCUGGUCACCCUGUUUCGUUUUUGGCUGUAAGAAGGGGUGCUCCUGAGAAGGACGAUGUUGAUAGCAGCACACUGGAAGAGCAGAGGCGCUUCUAAAAGCAGCAGCCAGCUAUAAAACCUGAGACAGGGGCCAGGCAUGCUUGCACAGCCAUGAAGGAAGAAGUGGUAAGUAUUUGCUAAGAGAAGCAAUAACCCAUCCUCUCCAUACAAGCAGUUCUCCAAGACCAGACCAGGCGCUGUGGAAGGAGGCAGCAGCAGCAACCCCAAGCUUCAUUUUCUUCGCUGUCUCUUCUUUUUGGGUUCCUGGUUCUCAUCUGUCUGCUCUGCUGUGUUGCUCUGGAGAGGGGAGGGAGAAAGAAGUACAGACUGUGAUUGUUUGUGUGUGAUAGAGAUUAGGGAAAGUUUGCUUAAGGCAAGAAACUUGGAUGUGCAGAAUGGGAUUUAGCUCUUCUUCCUCCUAACAAUAUGGCCUGAAUAUGGGACUCCUCUUACCCACUGAGACUUUCCCUGUGGACUUUACUCGGUUCAUGCUGGAACUUAGACCAGUUAUCAAUGGCACAGGACAGGGACUGCUUGUGCUGGGUUUUGGUUUGUUGAAGCACUCAGGAAAGUAUGGGCAAAACCACCAAUAAAAAACUGGACAAUCAAUUA